CACAUCCACCGAUCUAUGCUCGUUCCAAACAGGUUCUUUGCGGUUACUCGGCGUCUCGUAUCAGGAGACUCCGGAAGCUUUGUGAUGGUGUCAUCAACCAUCACGAGAGCGGCCGGUCUUUACCUACAAGGAAAGAGCGUGAGCUUCUUGAGAAUCAGACUUCGGUUGAUGGACCUCGCUUAGGCUUGUGUCAAGUUUAAUUUAGCCAGCCUUUCUCCUGGCUUAUCAGCUAGCCCUGCAACGCUCGGUGCUUCCUCCUUUUCUGCUUUCCCCUCAUACACUGGGCUGACAGCUACCCAGCAUGGACGACUCGGAACGUGUCAGCGUUCAGACUAGUGCAAGUUCUGCGCACAAUGAGAAGAUCAACUCUCCCGGGUCGGAAGUUGCUGAGGCGGACAGCCGGUAUACAGAGGUGUUGAGACGACAUGGUCGCAUCGAUUUGGUUCCUAUGCCCUCCGACUCUCCGGUAGAUCCGCUGAACUGGCCAAUGUGGAGAAAGAAUCUCGUGUUAGCUCUUGUAGCAUUCCACGCAAUGAUGGUCCCUUUCAGUGGAGGCGUGUUGGUACCUGCGUUCGAGGACCUAGCCGAAGUCUUCAAUGUCCCCCUCUCCGAGGUUCCCUACAUCUCGUCCGUCCAGAUCCUGCUUAUGGGUAUCGCACCCAUCUUCUGGGCUCCAUUAACCGAGCGCAUCGGACGCCGCCCGGUCUACCUUAUUUCGUCGCUAGUUUCAGCCGCAUUCGCGCUCGGUAGUGCGUUCGCGCAGACAUGGAGCACGCUCAUGGUCAUGCGUGUCUUUCAGAUGCUGUUCACGAGCCCUGCACUGACGAUCGGAGCGUCGAGUGUCCAAGAAACGACUUUCUCGUUCGAGCGUGGCAGGAAGAUGGGCGUGUGGGUUGUAAUGGUCACUUGUGGCCCUCAGGUUGGAGGACUUGUUGCAGGAUACAUGAUUCAGAACAAGGGCUGGCGCACCCCCUUGUACCUUCUUGCGGCUGUCUACCUCUUCCUCUUCUUCGCACACUUCUUCCUUGUCCCGGAGACGUUCUUCCCAGAUAGGACCGAACCUGGUGCUCCGUAUGACGAGAAAGAAGUCUCGCGAAGAGGGGGUUGGCACUGGCUCCUUGACUUUAGGAGGUACUCACAACGACCGUAUCACAUCUCUGAGUUCUGCCACUUCCUCGUCAUGUUUGGGAGACCGGUGGUCUUGCUCGCGACGGCGGCGCAUACGCUCGUGUUCACCUACACCGCUGUCCUCAUGCCCGUCUUCAUCCCUCAGCUGUUCGGAGUGAAGUUCCAUCUCACCCCCGGUACGACUGGGCUGCAAUUCAUCGGACUCCUGAUCGGUGCCCUCCUUGGCGAGUUCAUCGCAGGCCCCGGAAGUGACGCGUUUGUCAACUGGCGUGCCCGUCGCCGUCGGACUGCGACAGGUGCUGUUGUCAACGAGAAGCAAGAGUUAAGAACGGCGAUAUGGCCGGAAGACCGUCUCGUACUCGCGACUCCCGGAUUCUUGCUUGCCAUUGUCGGUUUGAUUAUUUGGGGCGUGCAGCUUCAGAAUGCACAAAUUGGGCAUUGGAACGUUACGCCUCUGGUUGGAGGAGCGAUUGCAAUGUUCGGCGCCCAGUUUGCAAAUACGAUGUGUGUCACGUACGCGUUAGAGAGCUAUCGCGCCGAGACAGCGGAUGUGUCCGUAUUUAUCUCGUUCGUGCGACAGGUGUAUGGCUUCAUCGCACCGUUCUAUCUCUCUGUUGCAUACACCGAUCUAGGCGACCAACGAGCGUCCGGCCUGUUCGCAGGCAUCGUAGCUGUUGGGAUGUUCUUCUCUCUUUCUCUCAUCGUAUGGGGUCCAAGGUGGCGUAAACCAACAAAGGAGACGUCAUGAACAAUCUCUCCUGAUUUUUUAUUUCUAUGUGGUAUUGUUAUGUGAUCGGAUUGCUUUCCUGAGCUGGUGUGAAUAUAUCUUGAAUACCCA